GUUCAAGAAACACUCGUUGGAAUUGUCGUUGGGACCGAGAGACGUCCGGACACAACAGACCGCAAUAACACGCAAGUGCGUGUAGUACUACUAGUGACCACUUGCCUAUUAGUAAACGUUUUAAACGUUAUGAAAACACCGAAACUACCCCUGGUUGGUUCGAAGAUUCUCACGCCCCUAACCACCCAAUCACAAAGCGCGCGUAAGCGUAACCAAUCCUCGUGAACCCAUCUAGAUCUAGUUCUUUGGUCUUAACCUGAUCACGACCUCAAGCUCAAGCUAGCCAGAUCUGUCUUCGUGAAGAAUGACAUCUGAUCACCGCGUCUUCUCUAUAGAAUCACCAGAUCAUGAAGGAGGAGAGUCCGAUACCGACGAUGACGUGGCCCUCCCGGAAACAAACGAUGAUCUCAAUUCUCCGUCUAACGUAACCGUCGCGCUUCCAUCCGGCUCCUCCGCCGUCCCCGUCUCCGUAAUCCCGGCCGACUCCUCCCCAAAAUUGCACCACCGCACGACGGAGAUCUUCCACCGGAGACAACAACAACCGCCGCCGCCGCCGGCGAUCGACGACUCCAGGCGUCUCUUCCAGAGGCUGUGGACCGACGAGGACGAGAUCGAGCUCCUCCGCGGCUUCCUCGACUACGUGACGACGCACAGAGGAGGCAGCAAUCCGCCGGAUACGGCGCCGUUUUACGAGAUGAUCAAGUCGAAGCUCCAGCUGGAGUUCAACAAGAACCAGCUGGUUGAGAAGCUGAGGCGGUUGAAGAAGAAGUACCGUAACGUGAUGAGCAAGUUUGGUUCGGGGAAAGAGGUUUUGUUCAAGAGCCCUCACGAUCAGUCUACGUUCGAGAUUUCUAGGAAGAUUUGGAAUCGAACUGGGAAGAUCAUUGGGUUUGAAAUGGAUUUCGAGGUUAAUGGUAACAGCCCUGGUUCGAACCCUAGUGCUGCUGUUGAGAUUGAGUCUGAGAACGGAGUUGAGAAGAAAGGAUCGAGGAAACGAUCACGAUCAAGAAUUGGGAAGAUUGAAGAAGACAACAAUGUCAAUGUCAACGUCAACGAAACUGUAUCUUCUAGUAUUGGUGGUUUGAUUGAAGAGACUGUGAGAAGCUGUGUCUCUCCUUUGAUUAAGGAGAUGAUGAAUGGGACAACGAGUAUGAUGAUGGCUGGCUCGUUGGGCCCUGUGUUUACGAGGCCGUUGGGUUAUGGUGUAGAAGGAGGAGGAGGAGGAAGCAAGGCGGUGAGGGAUGAGCGGUGGAGGAAGCAACAGAUUCUGGAGCUGGAAGUGUAUUCGAGGAGAUUAGAGUUGGUUCAAGAGGAGAUUAGAGCUACAUUGCAUGAGUUAAAGACGAUGCCAAGUGGUGUAUGAUGAAACAAGAUGAAUAAUAAGACGAUGAUGACAACAAUAUAACCAGUUUGUUUGUGUAUAACCUUUAGUAUAGAUAAUAUCUCUGUAGACUCAUUUGUUGAAAUAACAAACAGACUUCCUAGCUA